CCCAUCGGGCAGUUUCCUUCCCAGAAACAUAACUUUCCCCUCCAACCGUGGGCUGCAGGCGUGGGAUGGCUCGCUGGGCGGAAAACGAGGAGCGGCGUGGAGGCGCGCCGUCAGAAAUCCGUGGCGAUGAUGAUGGUGGCAGUGAUGAUGAUGAUGCUGCCGGGGAUCAAAGGGAGCCGCGGCGGGGAUGAUGUCACGCGCGCGCGGAAAGGGGCACCCCCUCCCCGCCCACGGAGGGCAACCCGUCCCACGUCACCGCCGGCGCGGCUUAUAAAGAGAGCCAGGGAGAUCCUUCAGGCUGCCAGCCCUCGACCCUCAAGAGAAGCCAUCCAGCCGCCUUUCUUUGGUUCCUCCCGUCCGCGAUGCUGUGGCUGUGGCUGUCCCUGCUCUUGGGCCCGUCGUGGGGGUCCCUGCUGUGGCGGGGGGGCUCUCCCUGCGAGCCGGUGCGCAUCCCCAUGUGCCGCCACAUGCCCUGGAACCUGACCCGCAUGCCCAACCACCUGCACCACAGCACCCAGGCCAACGCCGUGCUGGCCAUCGAGCAGUACCAGGAGCUGGUGGCGCAGGGCUGCAGCCCCGUCCUGGGCUUCUUCCUCUGCGCCAUGUUCGCCCCGCUCUGCGCCCCGGAGUUCCUCCACGAGCCCAUCAAGCCCUGCCGAUCCCUCUGCGAGCGCGCCCGCGACGGAUGCCAGCCCCUCCUCCGGCGCUACAACCACUCCUGGCCCCCGGCCCUGGCCUGCGAGGAGCUGCCCCUCUACGAGCGCGCCGUCUGCAUCGCCCCCGAGGCUAUCGUCACCGACCUGCCCCAAGAAGACAUCAAGUGGCUCGACCUGUCCGACGACAUCAUGGUCCAGGAGAGGCCUCUGCCCCCCGAGUGCAAGCCAUCCGGGCACGAUCGCUGCAAGUGUAAGAAGGUGAAGCCCACCCUGGCCACAUAUCUGAGCAAAAACUACAGCUACGUUAUCCAUGCUAAAGUAAAGAGCACGGAGAGAGGGAGCUGCAAUGAAAUCACCACGAUGGUUGAUGUGAAGGAGGUGUUGAAGUCUUCAUCUCCAGUCCCCCGUGCCCUGGUUCCUCUCUAUACGAAUUCUUCCUGCCAAUGCCCUCCUCUUCUACCAAAUCAAGAUGUCCUCAUAAUGUGUUAUGAGUGGCGCUCAAGAUUGAUGCUUCUUGAUGGGUGCUCAGUUGAAAAAUGGAAGGAGCCUCUAAGCAAAAGGUUUAAGCGAUGGGAACAGCGUCUCCAAGAACAGAAGCUGCGAGUAACUCCUAAUAAAAACCAGAGUGCUAAAAGCUCCGGACGCAAUGGGGUACCAAAACAAAAUUUGAAGACAGCCAACCCAGCCCCUUCUGGUCCCAAGAAGAUAACUAAACCGAGAAGUGAGCAAAAAGAAGUUAAUUCCAAAAAAAAUUGAAUCACAAUUUUUAUCCAUGCCAAAACUCACAAUCUGACCAAAGUGGUAUAGGUGUACUCCUGAAACCAUCAAUGCAAACAUUAUUGCUAUGUUCCAAAUAGACCUUAUUUACAAUAAUUUACUGUUAAAAGAUGUAUUUUCACAUCACAGCAUGGGGAAAAAUUGCUUCUUUAUUAAGGCCACCAUUACAAAAGUGUUCUAAAAGAAGCAUCCACUUUCCAUCUCAACGGAGAACUCCAUUGCUAUUUUUUCAGCACUAAACAUUAUAUUUGUGUAUUAAAACAAAUAAUUUUUAAAUAUUCUUUAGGCCAGCUUUUUUUAAAAAAAAGAAACAAUAAUUGAUGUACAUAAAUAUGUUAGCUGGAAAAGGUAGUUUGAAAGCUUAGAAUAAUUCUUGCUACAUGUAAAUUGAUUUGAAAGACUUUAAAAUGUAGAAUGCAAAUAUGUAAUAUUUGGAACUGAAAUUAGGGCAAAUAGCAAAUGCAUUUUGCAAUAUUUUAAAGUGUUUUAAAAUGUGUUAGCACAUUUUAAGUGUUUGUAAUAUUUUAUCAGAAAAAUAUUUGGCCUAGACAUCUGAGUGCAUUAAAACACAUACGUUAAUCUCUCAUACAUUGGAUAUC